AUGGUGGCGGCGGCGACGGAGACCCGACCAGUGGUGUCAUGGCUGAAGUCUCUUCAGCGACAGGCGACACGGGUCGAGCGACCACCCCCCGAGCACCUCCCCCCACCCAUCCCAGCUUUCUUCCACACAAGCGCCAUUGGCGACCACCCCCCGAGCACCCCCCUCAACCCACCUUCUACCGCGGAGCGGCCUCGUGGGUUCCUCCCCAAUCACCACCCCACCCUCGCGCCGGCCCGACUACCAGCACCGCCCCCCUGUCAUCCCGGCGACGGCCGGCUACCCCCACCACCCUCGCCCCUCCCAGCCCCAGAUCCAGGCCCCCACCACUGGAUUCACCCCCCAUGGCGACGCGCCGUCGGGCCAUCAACUGCAUCGUUCCAAGGGGCGGACCCCCUCCCCCAACAGACUCGCGGCCGCUCGAUCGAGACGGGUCCGAGGGAGGAGAGCGACCGGCUCCCUCCUCUCCAGCGAGGCUUGGGUUUGAAGUUCACCGGGUACCAACGGGAUGACCACGACGAGUCACUCUGCGGCACGCCGGCACACCCACUUGCAGUUCAGCACGCGGCGACCACCUCCACGAAGUGGGUGCUCCGGACCGCCACCGCCGGUGCCAUGCCCUUGCCUUCUCCGCUGGAUGUAGUCCCGAUCUGGUUCCCCUCCCCCAAGCCGUACCUCGACGAGCUCUUCCCUGUGUGCUAGUACUGGUGGACUACAGCGACUGCGGCAGCCAAAAACACCAGUCGUUGUUCAGUGUUGGAUCCGCCUUCCCCCUGUUUGCAACUCCUUUGAAUACUUUUUGCAGCUCACUGAAUAUAUUUUUGCAGCUCAUUGUGAAAAUCCUUGGCGCUGGCCACGCCCUGUCUUUUCCAGCUGCUUCCUCUAAGGCGAUGACGGCUUCCUCUC